CCAGGCAGAAACAUCUGUAAAGUUUUGCAAAUAGUUCAAACGCGUUCGGUUGUUUGCCUGUAGGUGAAAAUUUUCGCAUUUUUGCCAAGGGAAGGCAUCUAAUGUACGCGAAAGAGUUAAUAAUAAAAGCAGACUGAAAAUUGGGUAUAGAAUUCCACGCGUAAAUAAAGUACUUGUGGCGCACAGUGUUUGUGUUAUUUACGACUCUCCUUAAAACUUACGAAUUAAUACAUCAGCAACAGUCGGUAUAAUGGCACAACAAACAUUACAACAGCCAAAGCAGCAGCAAUUUGCUUUGCUGCCGAAAAUCAUAAAUGGUGGUAUUGCCGGAAUUAUCGGUGUCUCUUGCGUUUUCCCGCUUGAUUUGGUCAAAACCCGUUUGCAAAAUCAACAAGUUGGCCCAAAUGGCGAGAAGAUGUAUAAAAACAUGUUCGAUUGCUUCCGCAAGACGUACCGAGCUGAAGGUUACUUCGGCAUGUAUCGCGGCUCGGGUGUAAACAUUCUACUUAUUACUCCUGAGAAGGCUAUCAAAUUGACUGCCAACGAUUACUUCCGUCACAAGUUGACCACCAAAGAUGGACAACUGCCGAUGACCAGCCAAAUGUUGGCUGGUGGAUUAGCAGGUGCAUUCCAAAUUAUUGUUACCACUCCUAUGGAGUUGUUGAAGAUUCAAAUGCAGGAUGCGGGUCGUAUUGCUGCACAAGCCAAAUUAUCCGGCAAAACAGUGGAAAAAGUAUCGGCAACCAAGCUAGCCUCACAGUUACUUAAAGAAAAAGGUAUUUUCGGUCUGUACAAGGGUAUUGGUGCGACUGGAGCGCGCGAUGUAACUUUUUCGAUUGUAUACUUCCCACUAUUUGCCACAUUGAAUGCGCUUGGCCCGCGCAGAAAUGACGGUUCCGGAGAGGCAGUAUUCUGGUGCUCCUUCCUGUCCGGCUUGGCGGCUGGCUCUUUUGCUGCACUCUUUGUGAAUCCAUUGGAUGUGGUAAAGACGCGUUUGCAGGCGAUUAAGAAAGCAGAUGGCGAGAAGGAGUUCAAGGGUAUCGUGGAUUGUAUUAGUAAAACAUUCAAGUACGAAGGUCCAACUGCAUUUUUCAAGGGCGGCCUUUGUCGUAUGAUUGUGAUUGCACCGCUCUUCGGCAUUGCACAGAUGGUUUACUUCCUAGGCGUCGCCGAAGCAAUGUUAGGCAUUAAAACGAAGGAUUAAACGCACGCAAGUUAAACUUGCAAAUUAAUUUAGUUGUACUAUGCACACCGCAAUUGAGGUCAAAAGAUGUUUGUAAAUUUAGCACUGAUAAGAGAAAUUAACUGAAGUUGGCAUUUUAAAAUAAAUAAUAUCAUGAAACUGAAAUACAUUCACAAAUAACUGUACCGUAUGUAUUAUAAAUGUUAUGGAAUUGCAUUUUAUUGAGCUUUGUCCGUGUAAACUCCAUGUACUAAAAUACUCGUUCAAGUUUGAGUAACGAUGACUUAUGCAUACUUUGAGAUUGUUGUAGUAAAAUCAAUUAUUUACAUACAUAUAUACAAUAAACAAAAUAUAAUAUAUAAACCAGACACAAACAUGCAUGUGCUCCAACUAAUAAAAGUACAACAAAACCAUGCCAAUUCAAGAACAUAAACAAAUCUUGAGACAUGCUUAAAAAUAUAAUGCAAACAAAUUUGGCCAUUAAUGAAUAGAAGAAUAGGCGUAGAAUUGCAUUAAAGAUGUAUGUCAAAGAAUAGAAAACGCUGCCUACAAAGUGAUUUGAUUCAUGGAGCAAUAGAAUAUCAAAUUUGUAUAAAUUGCUAACGUAUGUUUUUUAAUAAAUAUCUGUGUUAAGAUAAUCCAAUUAUUCCUUUGUUAAAGUUGAUUUAUGGGUAACUCCUAAAUUCUCCUACAUUUGUUCGCAUUACAAAAGUAUCUAUUCACAAACAAAACAGACUUCUACGUGCGCCUAACAAUUAACAAAAUGACAAUAAACUGCAAUGGUUAUAGAUUCAUAAGAAAUAAAAAAAGCAAUGCAGCAAAUAUUGCAAUUCAAGUUGAAAAAUAUAUGAAUUCAUGAACAUAAAUAUGCUUUACUUUAUAGCUAUACAAACUCUUUCUUUAAAUGUAUAAUCGAAA